GAUUCCUUCAAUUCUCGGUUCUAUUUCUCCUUGUGUUGUACUGUUUUUAGCUGAUACUUUAUUUCCCCUCGGCUCCUAUUUCCCCCCUGCUUCGGCUCUUUUUUUGUGCAAUUCCUGGCCUUGUUUGGUUUGGUAGCUACAAAAAGGGAGCUUCCCCUGGACAAGCUCACUUACAUCAUUUUUCUGCAUGUGAUACCUCUAGGGCAGAGCUUUAACCAAGCUGAAGCCCUUCAACCAAACUUUUCUAGUUCACUCUUCUAGAUCCAUUGGUCCCCUGUCCUUAAUUCUUCCUCUUGUAUUUGUUUCUCGUGUCCGAGAUUCACCAAAUUUGCUCCUUCACUUCGGCGAGCAUCACCUUGGGACAAAUAGUAACUGACACCUUGGGUUGUGCACACAAAAUCCGAUCAUCUUGGAACUUGCAUCCCGCUGUUACAGGUUUUCGCAGGAAAUAAAAGGCGCUAGGAGAUACCCUGCCCACUUGCAGCAUCCGCAGCCCCCUUUUGCAACUCGGGACGAACACGUGAAAGUCGCUUGCAGCUCCACGAUUUUGCCUGACGGACAGACACGCGGAGCCCAAACAUCCUUCGUCCUGUAAAACCUACCUGGCCUUGGUUGUUGUGCUCCUCCCGCUUGCACUCGAACGCUUUCAUCCUUGACAGCCUUGUCCUGCAUGCGCCGACUUCGGAAACGUCACAACCGUCCCGGCGCUCGACCUCGCUGACCCCUCCAAAUUCUAUACCCUCCCAGCAACGCAAGGUUCAGCUCAAAAACCAACAACGGCACGCUCACACAUAACCCGGCGCAGCGCUAAGGGGAAACAAACACGAAGAUGGCGACAAAGGUCAGCAAAGACGGCAAGCCGCCGCCCUCUGCCGCCGUCAACCUCAUCGCGGGCGGCGGCGCCGGCAUGAUGGAGGCGCUGGCUUGCCACCCGCUGGACACCAUCAAGGUGCGGAUGCAGCUGUCGCGACGGGCGCGGCAGCCCGGCGCACCCAAGCGCGGCUUCCUUGCCACGGGCGCCGCCAUCGUCAAGAAGGAGACCCCGCUGGGUCUGUACAAGGGCCUGGGCGCGGUCCUGACGGGCAUUGUACCCAAGAUGGCGAUCCGGUUCACGAGCUUCGAGGCGUACAAGCAGAUGCUGGCCGACAAGGAGACGGGCGGCGUGACGGGCCGCGCGACCUUUUUGGCGGGGCUGGCUGCGGGCGUCACCGAGGCGGUCGCCGUCGUCACGCCCAUGGAGGUCAUCAAGAUCAGGCUGCAGGCGCAGCACCACAGCAUGGCCGACCCGCUCGACAUACCAAAGUACCGCAACGCCGCGCACGCCCUGUACACCGUCGUCAAGGAGGAGGGCUUCGGCGCCCUGUACCGCGGCGUCUCGCUCACCGCGCUGCGCCAGGGCUCCAACCAGGCCGUCAACUUCACCGCGUACACGUACUUCAAGGAGAAGCUGUCCGAGUGGCAGCCGCAGUACAACGGCACCACGCUGCCCGGCUACCAGACCACCCUCAUCGGCUUGGUUUCGGGUGCCAUGGGACCGCUCAGCAACGCGCCGAUCGACACCAUCAAGACGAGACUGCAAAAGGCGCCGGCGGUUGAGGGCGUCAGCGCAUUCAAGAGGAUUUCACAGAUUGCGGGCGAGAUGUUCAGGCAAGAAGGCAUGCAUGCAUUCUACAAAGGGAUCACGCCGCGCAUAAUGCGUGUCGCACCGGGACAGGCAGUCACCUUUACGGUGUACGAAUACCUGAAGGAGAAGCUCGAGACGAGAGGACCAUUUUCACUUUCUGGCGGCGAGUACAACGACUAGUGGUUUUGUCGGCUGCUGAGAUAUGUUGAUGAUAGGAUUCCUAGACGUUGAGAGAGACUUUUCGAUGCGGAAGGCGUUGGAAAAGAGCCCCGGGUAGAGGUUGAGUCUAGUAAUUGGAAAUUCCAAUUGGAUUGUGUUUUUUUAGCAUGAACAUUUUCGCUUUGAGCACCUCGUGCUGCAUGUGCGCAACUUGGGCCUCAUGCACAUAAAUUCCUCAGAAGAAUUCACAAGGGUGAUGUCGUCAUUUAAACCCCGACAACACUUUAUUUUCUAGAAACCUAGGUACCUGGGUGGUCGUAGACUUCGGACAUGCCAGCCAUGGCUGCCUGCAGAGGCGGCAACUCAUUACAUCGUUAACGUGCAAGGGAAAACCCAGUGUGGCGCCCCAUUUUGAAUCGCCAAUCAUCGGCCGGGCCUCUUGGGCCGGCUGAACGCCUUCUUUUGCUCAACCUGAGGGUGAAGCUCAGAAAGCACAGACUCCUCGGUGAUCUCGUUCGGCUCCUCGACCUCAAAUUUCUUCGCCGCCACGAUGCCCAUCUCCUGCUCGGCCGCAGUCACCACGGCGCGCUUCAUCAGCGGGUAAACCAUGCGCUGCUUGAUGGGUACCCUGCCAGUGGUGCUGGUAGGGCAUGUGUAGAAGAAGAGGAUCGGGCUCUGGGUCUCGCCGCCGUGCUGAUGAGUGUAUCGGUAAAAGGUGAAGCGCGGCUCCGUGGCCGAUAUCUCGGACACAAGCUCGCUGAUUGUGCUCGGGGUGGCCGAAGUUGCAACGUUCUCGACGGUUUCGGUCCCGGGGUUGAUUUUCUAUGCGUGAAGUCGCCAGCCGCACGUCAGCAAAAUGUCGCACCAUCCAAUUGCCUGUUUACUGGAACAUAUAAGAACCUACCAUCAUCACAAGACUCCUGGACCCGCUCUCGUCUGCCAGCUCCUUGAGCGCCUGCAGGGCCUCGUCAUCGAUCGGCAUGUUCAUGUUCUUGCUGAGAUGGAUCUCCUUGACGCCCGUACCAGCGCCAGCCUCUUGCUCUGCACGCUUCACUGCCCCCAAAGUCCUUUCCUCCUCGGUAAGCGGAGCAGCCAUUUCACUGUGAGCAUCCUGCUUCUUGAAGCCCUGUGGAGUCAGCUCCUCGGCCGAGUUUGCAAAAACGGUGUCGCGGAAAUGCUCAGAGCCGAGCUCUCGAACCAGCGUCAGGCGGGUCGACGCGAAGAGCAUCUUCUGCCGCACGGGCGCCGAGUCCGGUAUGUAGGUGAUCGCUACGAGGUGCGGGGCGGCAUCGUGGCGGCGCAGGAGGAUGUAUAGUGCUUCAUUGGGCUUGAGGUGCGGCGCGAGGAGGUUGUUUAGGUUGUCGUCGAAGGAGGAGGAUGGGGACGAGGUCAGGAGGGUGACGGGCUUGAGGGCUUCAGAAGAGAUGGUAGCGAGGAGUGCAAAGUUUGUGGGGGAGGAGAGGAGCUUGUUGAACUCGGCCGUGAGCUCCUGCGAGGCUGUUGGGAUGUCUUGGCGUUAGCUCGACGCUUACCAUGCUGCGAGAGAGACGGCUUGUCUGCUAUCAAGUUGAAGUGAUCAGUGGGGAGCUUGCCUGAGAUUCCGGACUGCAUCUUGUAGAUUGUUUAAUUUCCGUCUGCGUUUCAGAUAUGCAAACACAGUAUCGCCCUUUGGGGAACAGGCGCCUUUUAUCUUGGACAAUUCCAAUGCCGUCAGCAACCCAGCAACUCGAGAGUCAUCUGGCUGGAAUUUACCAUGAUCAAACGCGCCGCUUAGCUGCCCCUCUCCAUGCUAGUCAAGCCAGUGCUUCAUGGGACAAUGACGGUGAGCAUGGCCCGU